CGACGUCACUUCCGGGAUGAAAGUAGGGUGAGCAAAAUGACAGCUGGUUGUUUUCAUGAAGAAGGGGAUUUCAAAGUGGACAUUGAAGUGUCAUGUGGUGAACUCCUCCAGAGUCCUCCCUGCCCCGGCCUCUACAGACCAAAUCCUGACAACUGACCACAGAGGCUCCAGCAUUUCAUCAGGGGACACAUGUCAGCCCCAUCAGCAACUCUGGACCUGCAUCAGGCCUCUUCCUCUGACAGGCCCUCAGUGCAGACACCGAAGGAGACAGAGAGAAGUGAUAGUGGUCAAAUCGAGGGGAGCAUCACUUCAGCUGAGGGGGAGGCCGUGCACCAGGACAUAUCCAUGGAGCCACAGGAGGACAACGAUGGCCGUACCUUUGUGGAGGUGAUCAGUGAAAAGUACAGUCCAGAUAACUUUCCGUGCCGCAGAGGACCUGGUAUGGGGGUGGUGGUCGUGCCCACCGCAGGUCCUCAAGGUUCCCCUUUGAAAGAACGUCUGAACCUGCCCAGUGUGCUGGUGUUAAAUGGCUGCGGCAUCAGCCAGGCAGGAGACCAGGCGGGGAUCGCUGCUUUCUGUGCUCAUGUCAGGGAGCUGGACUUGUCCCAUAACAAGCUGCAGGACUGGCACGAGAUCAGUAAAAUUGUGUCCAACAUCCCAAAGCUGAAGUUCCUGAACCUGAGCUCCAACCCCCUAGCAGGAAUGACCCUCGAGCCACGGUGCACCGAAGCCUUUUGCCGCAUCCAUCGUCUCGUCCUCAACAACACCCAAGUGUCCUGGGACACCGUGCUGCUGCUCAUUCGGGAGAUACCUGAGCUGGAGGAGUUGUUCCUGUGCCUUAAUGAGUACAGCAGUUUGAGUGCCUCCGGUGUAGCCUGUCCCAGCCUGCGCCUGCUUCACAUCACCGACAACAGCCUCCAGGACUGGGCCGAAGUCCGCAAGUUCGGCUCCAUGUUCCCCAGCCUCGACACGCUGGUCAUGUCCAACAACAACUUGGCGUCCAUCCAGGACAACAAAGACGUCCUGCAGCGGCUCUUCCCCAACCUACGCAGCAUCAACCUGCACAACUCAGGUCUAAACCGAUGGGAAGACAUUGAGAAGUUGAACUUCUUCCCCAAGUUGGUGGAGGUGCGACUGCAGGGCAUACCCUUACUGCAGACCUACACCAACGUAGAACGACGCAGCCUCAUGAUAGCACAGCUUCCUGCAAUAUCACAGCUAAACGGCAGUGUUGUGACUGACAGUGAGAGAAUAGAUGCUGAGAGGUUCUUCAUCCGUUACCACUUAGACUACCCUGAAGAGGAGCUGCCUUACAGAUAUCAUUCCCUGGUAACCAAGUAUGGGAAGCUGGAACCACUUGCCGAGAUCGACCUCCGACCUCGCUGCCGUGCCCAGGUGGAGGUUCACUGUGAAGAAAAAGUGGAACAGCUAAACAUCCGCUUGGACCAGACAGUAGCUGGGCUGAAGAAGCAGCUGACAAGAGUGGUCCAGCUGUCCACCAACAGCAUGAGGCUCUACUACAUCGACAAGAACAGCGCCUUUGGUCCAGAGGAAAUGAAGUACAACACCCGGGCCCUCCACUCCUACAGCAUUCAAGAUGGUGAUGAAAUACUGGUGGUACCCAAGACCAAAUGAACAGCUGGUGUCAAACUGGCUGAUGAGAGUGACUACUUUAUUGAUUGAUUGAUUGAUUGGUUCAUUUGAUUAUUUAUUUACUGGUUAAUAGCUUUGCAUAAUAAUUGGAAUACGCAUGAUCUGGAACAGCAUCACUGGCCCACUUGUUUGAACGGAGAGAAGUUAAACCUGGUGUGAACACAUUCACAGGGACUGUACAGUGGACUAUGAUGCUGGGAGGCUCUGGCUGGAAAAGCUGCCAGUCUGGAGAGUAUUGGGGCUUUAUUAAUUUCAGCUUUACGUGAGGGAAUCCACCGGAGUUAGUGCACAAACCUGUCAUGAUGGAGAACAGGCCAAGAGAACAGCACGCAGUCAGUUAGCAGCAAGUGGAGUGCGCUGCUGUGCCAGCGAAGCUUCACCGCAGCUCUGUAUCUUAGUACAUGGCUUGUACCAUAGCGCCUGUGUAAUCAAGUAUCCAACACCACCGGCUUUCCCGCUUGUCGCAAAAGCUACCAGUGGUAGUAGUGAGGCAGUGCUGCUGAAUGAAGAGGAACUGCAGUUCUCAAUUGCACUUUUUGUGUAGUCACAAAAUCAGGAAGGACAAUGUCUGUGAAAUGAAAAAUCUGCCUAAACUACUUCUAAAUGUCAGGAAUGGGAGAACAACUGGGAGUUGUGUUUUGUUUUGUUGUUAGUCAGUGUUUUCCUUUGUAUUUUUUGGGAUAAUUGGCAUUGUGAGAAGUUUCAAUAUGAUAUCUUAAAUAUUUGGCAAAGUAACAACAGAGUCAAAGAGCAAUGGAUUCUUUACAUACUUGAGAUUCAGCUAUCGGUGACAUUUCUCAUUGAAUAAGUUGAUUUUUAAAUCCUAGUAGGUCCCUUCGAGACAUUUUCAAAAAUAUAAUAAUAGUUUGCUUCAAAUCACUACUUGUCUUAUAGGGCAAAAAAGGUCCUAAAACUACAUCUCCUGCUUCACCCUUUUACUCUCAGGGCCUGAUCUACUAAGAUCCCAAAUAAAGAGUGCUUAAUUGCAUGUGCAUUAUAACAGAUUGCACGUUUGGUUUGUGGGCGUUUUGUGCGUGAUCUACUAAAAAUAAUUGCGUAAAUGAUAACAGGUGCAAACAUGUUAGAGGCAGUAGUAUUUAAAUUAGUGUUUUGCGUGCGUUUUGCUCAUAAUAAAACCUCGGCAAAUAAAACAGGUGGGGGGCCGGUGGAAGAGAAGCCUCUGACCAAUAUUGUGCAGCAGGUGCAGUUCACUUUCUGAAAAAACACGUUCUCUCCGUCUGCUUCCUGCCGUCUCCUCCUCACCACAAUCACUGUAGCCAUCUGUGCGCAACGCUGUGCCGAUUAGCACCUACCUUUCAAAUGUAUAAAAUAUAGACGCAGUCACAAGCAGCGCAAUUAUUUUCAGGCUUUGUAAAUCACAAUGUGUGUGCUAAAUUAAGGUUUGCACAUGUUUUAACAAAUGCGCAAAACUUUAGUAGAUCAGGCCCUCAUUGUAUAAACACUGGAAUUAUCAAAUUUUUUUCACAUUACCCUUGUGUAGGUGGCAUACUGGACCAUGAUUGGCUUCCAAACUAGUUGCCAUGUCAAAAUCAUCCUGUACAAACACGUGUUAAACUGAGAUUCAUGGCGAGCUCAGAAGAACUGGGCCCCUUCAGCAGAUGAACAUGAAAACAAUAUUCUCAUGUCAAACUCUGCACAGUGAAGGUCAAACAUCUAAGUGAAGUAACAAUAUGUUAAUCCCAUUAUUGAAGAAAAAGAGACAAUCAUUUAAACAUUACACCACUUUGUGACAAAAUGGCUUCAUAAUACAUGUAAUAAUCAUGAACAGUUCAUAUCUAAUAGUAUUAAGACACUCUAAAGGUUGAUGUUUGCAUCAUCACUGGCCAAGAUUUAAUGUUACUAGGUUUCUUUAAAAAAAAAAACAGAUGCACACGUUUUCAUUCACAUACAUGCACAGAUCACCACAAAGCGGCUUCAUGUCAUGUGCUGCCCCCUAGAGGCUUCAUCUAUGUCUUCAACAAAAAUUUUGCUCAGCCAAUAAGUAACCUCUGUAGAACACACGCAGACACACACACGUUUGUACUCCUGUCUUAGUGAGGACACUCAUUGGCCAAAUGCAUUCCCUAGCCACCUACCCUAACCUUAACCAUCCAAAAUGCCUAACCCAAUCCUAACCUAAUUCUAACCCUAACAUUAAAAACCAAGUCUUCACCCUCAAUCAGCCCUUUGAAGAAGUGAGGACCGGCCAAAAUGUCCUCACUUUCCAAAAAUGUCCUCACUCUGUACAGUCUAUGCUUAAAAUGGUCCUCACAAAGGUACAAGUACAGGAGCCUACACAUAUUCUCGUCUUUCUAUGGUUGUGAGGACACCCAUUGGCAUAAUGCAUAUAGCCCCUAAUCUAAAUCUAAACCCUAAAACCAAGGCUGUGUCCAAAAUCACCCACUCCUUCUCUACCCCCUACUCAUUAUAUAGCAACUUCUAUGAAGAGGACUAUUGGAUAAUUAUAAUGCAUUGUGACAAUAAGUCCAAUGUUUUCUAAACAUUUGAACAGCACUACAAAAUGGCUAAUUCACUAUAUAGAAGAAGAAAGAGGGGAUUUUAGGGAGGAAAUUCCCCCAAAAACACUAUAUUCACAACAGUGGUUCUGAAUCAGAAUUGGCCUUCACACAAUAGAGAGUCAAGUACACAUCAGGGUACCUGAAAAACAAUUUCUUUAAAGUAAUAUAUGUCUACAUUUGAAAAUAUCCUUGUUUGUAUUCAGACCAUCCUGCUUCACUUGAGCACGUUCUGGAGCACGAAGAGGUCAAGAGCUUUUCAUUAGCUUUCUGUCCAUUUUAAUGAAACAACAUGGUUUCGGCAGUUCCUCUGGUUCCUCUUGGUGUUAAGUACACAUGGCGAUGUUAUCUCCCAUGUUUUUAGCCUUUUACUAUUAUUACGUUAUUAUGCAUUUAAGAAGAUAGUGUUUCAUGUUUUUUAAAUGCUUAUCUUUUUCUUAUGGAAGUUGUAUCAUCGCGUGAUUUCGAUUACUUUCAUACGAGUUUGUUUUAUGAAUAUUUAAAUUUUAUUCAGUGUUCAUGUUUUGUACUAUUUAUUUAGAAUCUUCAACUUAUAAUCAGUAGUCAUCCUUAAAGAGAUGCUGAUCUCAGUGUAAUGCAUUCAUGUGCAUCUUUGCAUGAGCUUGAGACUUGAGAGCUUUUACCAGAAAGCUAGUGUUACAAACUGGAAUUGUGAGGUUUUAAAGAUGUGGGCAUCAUUAAGUGAUAGGUUAUAACAGUUGUAUUGUGGGAAAUGAGGGAACCAGUGUUUGUUUUUUUGCCAUACAAAGGACUUAAAGUUAGCAUAUGUUGCACACUGCUGCUGAAAUUACCUUUUUGGAGUUAGGUUGAGUCCACCCAGUUUAAAGAAGCACUAUACUACAUUGCUGGAGGGCCCUAAUUUAAACUGCACACUAUUGUAUUAAUUCUCUACAUUAGUGUUUCAUACACAUAUAUUUGACAUCUCAGUCCAAAGAUGACUCAGUGGGUUAUUAUUGUUGUAAUGUAUUCAUUUUAAUAUGCAGCAUCCCCCUCACGUAAGAGGAACAUUGAUGUAGGAUGUUUGGUGUUAUUGCUUUUUCCUAUAGCAAGCAAUUUAGCAGAGCAGGGGAUUCUUGACACAGUAUUAUGGCAAAGGAAACAGCUGACAUGACAAAGCCAGAAAAUAAAGUAAUCAUAUUGAGUGGCUGCAGCUUCAAUUCAUUCACUGUUGAUAGAAAGCAGUGUUUUUACCCUUCAAAGGUAUCAAUAUGUAAAAUAUAAAAGUAUGUAAAUACCACAAUAUUUAAAAUAUACUAUUAUGUAGUAUUUUUAUGACACUACUGCUCUACUUGAACAUUAAAAGGUGUGAUAGACUGAAGGCGUAGCAGCGAGCAGGUCAGAUGAAAAGACACUGAAAUCUUUUUCAACUCAUUAUAGUAGUGCAGAAUACAUGCAGGUUAGUGUAGCAUGAACCACAGCCAUAGAGACCAGCAGGGUAGUGCUGGCAUCAACAUCCAAGUGUGAAGUGUUGAGCUAUAGUGUCGGUCCUUAUCAGUGAAGGGUUUGUCUGUGUGCACUAUGCAGCUGUUUGCAGAUGUUUGAUUUAAAGGUGUGCAUGUUUUUGUGAGGAACCAUUAAUGCACUUGAUGGAACUUUGUUUGACAUUAAGGCAGAGGGAUAUAUUUUAAGUCUUUAUGUAAAUUUAUUGGUUACCUGUUCAGUUCAUAUAGAUUUUGUUAUGAUGUUAUUUAUCGUGUCUCUUGCUUACUUCCCAAACUGCUACAUGCCAAAAAUAUUUGCAAAGCCAUUUUAUAGCCCUUAAAGCCCCUAAAAUUUAUAUUUCGGGUUUAAAGUAUUAUUUUUUGUAUCAUUUAGGAUUAAUGGCUAAUAAAGCGACAAUGAAAGUUA